CUGGAUAAAGCUUAUGAGUUAUUGAAUUUUGCUCCUUAUAUUCCUAUUGAGAGAUGUCGCUUAGUUAAAUAUAAUCAUUGGUAUAAAGUAAUGGAGCAGUCCCUUGAUCUUGAUGAGUUUCAACAUCAAACUAUGGGACAGGUUAUAGGUGGAGCUAGACAUUAUUCUUUUGCAUUAUUCUUAGAAACUCGUGAAGAAAAUGAAACCUUUAGGAAAUACAAUGCUGGAGUAAAAAUAUCAGUGGUUGAUUUGUCAAGUGGUGAAUUAGGACCUGCUAAACCAGUGAGAGGACAGCUAGGUUGGACUGUUGAAGAAUUAAAACAACAUAUAGGAGAAUUAUUUAAUAUGAAUUCAUCAUGUAUGAGGAUAGUAAUGGAGAAGUAUACUGAUAUUAGUGAUGUUAGUAAUGCAGGAGGCACUUUAAAGGAGAUACUCUACAGAAUACAAUUGCUGUAUGUGUCAUCAGAUCCUGAAGAUUAUCAAAAAGAAUUCAAAGAUAGUUUGAUGUACAGGAUUAUUGAUUUUCACAACAACCCGAUACGACUGAACAUUACAAUACCGCCUGGACCUGAAGCCACACCCACUACAACUAAUGUAACUGAAGGAGGAAUAAUGAUGAAAAUUAUAUCAAUAAAUGAUGAAGAGAAAGGACAAGAAAGAAAGAUACAGGUACAAGUUGAUCGUAGAAUAACAUUAGCUCAAUUAAAGGAAGAGCUAGUUCCACUGAUUGGGGUACCACCUACUGGUUUUAGAGUGUGUGAGAUCAGUGGGUAUGAUAAAGAUUAUGAAAUGGAAGGACUGGAUAUGACAUUAAAAAGUACUAAAUCUGGAUCAGAGUUGAUAGUAAGACUGGGUAGAGGAUUAAGAAGAGGAGAGAAAAGAAUUAAAUUAUAUUUAUUACAAGUUAAUAAUACAGAGGUAUAG